AUGGACGAUGCCAUCGUGGUGUGUAGGGAGCUCCAGUGCGGAGUCGCUGAGAAAGCUUAUAACCCCCCUAAGUCUGAGCGAGGAACGGGCCCCGUGGGGCUGAGAAGUGUCCAGUGUGCAGGAAACGAGACUAAUCUGACGCUCUGCAUCACCUCCACGUCUCAGGCAGAGCAGGCAGGAAUUGCUGAGGAUGUUGGCGUCGUUUGCUCAGGGAGCAGGCGGAUCAGACUGGUGAAUGGGGCAGGUCGCUGUGCCGGGAGAGUGGAGAUUUAUUACAGUGGCAGCUGGGGGACAGUCUGUGAUGAUUCCUGGGAUCUGUCAGACUCCAAUGUCGUUUGCAAACAACUUGGAUGUGGACACGCCAUCAAUGCAACUGUCUCUGCUCAUUAUGGGCAAGGAUCCGGGCAGAUCUGGCUGGAUGAUGUGAACUGCACUGGGAACGAAUCCAAUCUCUGGGACUGUCCUUCCGGGGGAUGGGGCCAGCACAACUGCAGACACAAAGAGGAUGCGGGAGUUCUCUGCUCAGAAUUCACAGAUCUGAGACUGGUGAGUGGCAGUGACUGUGCUGGGCGACUGGAGGUUUUCUACAGUGGGACUUGGGGCAGUGUCUGCAACAGUCCUAUGGAUGCCGUCACCAGGGCACUUAUAUGCAAACACUUGGACUGCGGAGACAGAGGGACACUUUUGAACGAGUUUACACAUGGAAGCGGCUCUGGCCCCACCUGGGUGGAUGGUGUUCGGUGCAAUAAGCAGCACAGCUCCCUUUGGCAAUGCCCGUCAGACCACUGGAAACAACAAUCGUGUAACAGAGUAGAAGAAACCCAUAUUGCUUGUGAAGACAGGGAGAAGUUACGUGUCGUGGGAGGACAGAACAGAUGCUCGGGGAGAGUGGAGGUUUGGUACCGUGGCUCCUGGGGAACAGUUUGUGAUGACUCCUGGGACAUGGCGGAUGCUAACGUUGUGUGUAAACAACUGGGCUGUGGAUCUGCUGUAUCUGCCCCGGGCGAGGCUGCAUUUGGCGAGGGGACUGGUCCCAUCUGGGUGGAGAAGAUGAACUGCAGAGGGACAGAGUCAUCUCUCUGGGACUGUUGUUCCAAGCCCUGGGGUGAGAGUAACUGUGAUCAUAAGGAAGAUGCUGCCGUGAAUUGCUCGAGGUGUGACACAGAGAACAGAUUCACCAAAUACCCCAGAAGACCCUUGGAUCCCUUCUCUGAGGCCGUGUACGAGGAGAUUGAUUAUAACCUCAUGAGAGAGAAGCAGGAAAUGUUCAGUCGCUCAG